AUGUCCAUAAUUGUGAUGCAAAAUGCUUUCUGUGAUAACACUGAUGGAUCUUACACCUGCGCAUGCAGCCCUGGAUAUACUGGAAAUGGAACAUCCUGCCCGUGGUAAAAUUAUCAACGCAUUUGUAUUUUUAAGCGACCAUAUAUUAUUGCUAUUAAAACUGGGGGCAGGGGUAGGACAGGGCGGGGGGGCAGUUGUAUGUCUCUGCUCCGUUAUAAGCAAUAUUUGUUUGGGUUUGUUUGAUUUGUCUUAACAUCUAAGGUUGCUGAACACAAUUUCUCUAAAUCGGAUUUAUCCCUUUACUGUGUAUUUUAACAACUUUAUCAUUACAUAAAGAAAAAAGGGAGGAAAGGCUGAUAAAAAGUUUAACAGAAAAUAAUGUUUUUGUCGCCUUUGACAUAUCACGUGACCUCAGCGCGAGCCUGUUGAACUAGAGCUGAACAUGAGUACUCAUAAGCAACUUAAAUAAACUAAGGUAUCUUUAAAUCUACUCAUUAAAAUGUGACGAAAUUUGGCAGAAAUCCUGUUCAUGUCACGCUCAAGCCAAUAAAAGCGUCAAAAUAUCUUUUUCAACAAAGGAGUUUUGUGACAAAAUCAAGAUUUCCAUAAAGGCUAUUUUCUUGAAGAUUUUUAAAACUGUUCGUUACAAUUUUGGUCAAGUGGUUUCUAAAAAGAUGAGGGUUACUAAUCGAAAGCUGUGUUCAAUUUUCUAAGAAAAUCCAAUGACUGAAUUUUGCUUAAACCUAAUAAAUUGAAAUUUUUUGGCUUGUUGUCAAACUUCCAUGUUGCCAUGGCAACAAUCCAAGUCUCACUUUUAACUUAAUAAAUGUCAUGUCUGAUAAAUAUAGAUUGUUUGAUGUGCUGAAUCAAAAUUUUAGCGUUAUACCCGCAAUGAGUCUUAAAUAAAACCCCAAUAAUUGGUUAUGAUCCACAACCUAUCAAACUGUGUUCAGGCACCUUAAUUCUCUCCUUUCAGAUAUUAACGAGUGUACAGCCAAAGUCCAUAACUGUGAUGCCAAUGCUUUCUGCAAUAACACUCAGGGGUCUUAUAACUGCACAUGCAGCCCUGGAUACACUGGAAAUGGAACAUCAUGCAUCGGUAAAUCAUCCUGCCUAAUGCAUGUAAAAUUAUUUUAGCGAGGUGCAAGAAAGAAGCAGUACCCCCAUAAAUGCAUUAAGUAAUUCUCCAAACAUAUCUCUCAGCGUACUUAUGGAAGCCCAUCUGAUAAAGUACAAGCUAUUUCUUGGAAAAAGCACCCUGUUGUUUGAAUCUUAUAAGCGGCCACCUACCGUAUAUAUAUGAGACCACUUACACUUGCAUCUUGUUUGGUCGCUUAGAAUAGAAAGCUUGACUGUAUGUUAAGAAGUCCGAAAGAGAGGAACCCCAUACAUAGAAACGUUCCUUAUCCAAGGCUUAUUAUUUCAUUCAUAGACAUCGUUCUGCUGAAAAUACCUUCCUUUUAGAUAUAACAAGUGCAUACUGGAAAUGAAACAGCAUGCACCGGUAUAUCAAAAUCGUUUCUGCUGCAGUAUUGGAAUUAUGUUUCGUUGAUCCGGUUUGCCCGCAUCAUCUUAAAUACUUUCUUAAUACUUCUUUCCUUUCAGAUAUUAACGAGUGUACCACUAACGUCCAUAACUGUGAUGCCAAUGCUUUCUGCAAUAACACUCAGGGGUCUUAUAACUGCACAUGUAGCCCUGGAUACACUGGAAAUGGAACAUCAUGCAUCGGUAAAUCAUCCUGCCUAAUGUAUGUAAAAUUAUUUUAUUUAGGUCCAAGAAAGAAGCAGUACCCUAUAAAUUAAUUAAGUAAUUCUCCAAACAUAUCUUUCUUAAACUGUGUUCAGGCACCUUAAUUCUCUCCUUUCAGAUAUUAACGAGUGCACAGCCAACGUCCAUAACUGUGAUGCCAAUGCUUUCUGUAAUAACACUGGGGAUCUUAUAAAUGCACGUGUAGCCCUGGGUACGAUGGAAAUGGAAUAUCUUGCACCGGUAAAUUAUCAUGACCAAUACAUUUUUUAAAAAAAAAAGCAAUGUAUGUAUUUUAACUCUUUGAUUUCUUUUAUUUCCUUUCAUUUCAAGUUUCGUUUUUCUUUUAUGUUUUGCUUUUUGUUUUUGUUUUUGCUUUUUUGGGGGGUGGGCGAGCUUAAAAUCGUUUGAGCUGCAGUAUUUGAAUUAUGUUUCGUCAAGAGCCAUUAUGGCUCUUGGUUUCGUUGAUAUGUUUUGCCCGCAUCAUCUUUAAUACUUUCUUAAUAAUUCUUUCCUUUCAGAUAUUAACGAGUGUACCACUAACGUCCAUAACUGUGAUGCCAAUGCUUUCUGCAAUAACACUCAGGGGUCUUAUAACUGCACAUGCAGCCCUGGAUACACUGGAAAUGGAACAUCAUGCAUCGGUAAAUCAUCGUGCCUAAUGCAUGUAAAAUUAUUUUAGCGAGGUGCAAGAAAGAAGCAGUACCCCAUAAAUGCAUUAAGUAAUUCUCCAAACCUAUCUUUCUCAAACUGUGUUCAGGCAACUUUAAUUCUCUCUUUUCAGAUAUUAACGAGUGUACAGCCAAAGUCCAUAACUGUGAUGCCAAUGCUUUCUGCAAUAACACUCAGGGGUCUUACAACUGCACAUGUAGCCCUGGAUAUACUGGAAAUGCAACAUCAUGCAUCGGUAAAUCAUCGUACCUAAUGCAUGUAAAAUUAUUUUAGCGAGGUCCAAGAAACAAGCAGUACCCCAUAAAUGCAUUAAGUAAUUCUCCAAACAUAUCUCUCAGCGUACUUAUGGAAGCCCAUCUGAUAAAGUACAAGCUAUUUCUUGGAAAAGGCACCCUGUUGUUUGAAUCUUAUAAGCGGCCACCUCCCGUAUGAGACCACUUACACUUGCAUCUUGUUUGGUCGCUUAGAAUACGAGAAGCUUGACUGUAUGUUAAGAAGUCCGAAAGAGAGGAACCCCAUACAUAGAAACGUUCCUUAUCCAAGGCUUAUUAUUUCAUUCAUAGACAUCGUUCUGCUGAAAAUACCUUCCUUUUAGAUAUAACAAGUGCAUACUGGAAAUGAAACAGCAUGCACCGGUAUAUUAAGAAUCGUUUCUGCUGCAGUAUUGGAAUUAUGUUUCGUUGAUCCGUUUUGCCCGCAUCAUCUUUAAUACUUUCUUAAUAAUUCUUUCCUUUCAGAUAUUAACGAGUGUACCACUAACGUCCAUAACUGUGAUGCCAAUGCUUUCUGCAAUAACACUCAGGGGUCUUAUAACUGCACAUGCAGCCCUGGAUACACUGGAAAUGGAACAUCAUGCAUCGGUAAAUCAUCCUGCCUAAUGUAUGUAAAAUUAUUUUAGUUAGGUCCAAGAAAGAAGCAGUACCCCAUAAAUUCAUUAAGUAAUUCUCCAAACAUAUCUCUCAGUGUACUUAUAGAAGCCGGUCUGAUCUGAUAAAGUACGAGAUUUUUCUUGGAAAAGGCACCCUGUUGUUUGAUUCUUGCAUGUAAGCGGCCGCCUCCCGUAUGAGACCACCAAUACACUUCGCAUUUUGUUUGGUCGCUUAGAAUACGAUAGGCUUGACUGUAUGUUGUGUUGUCCGAAAGAGAAGAACCUCAUACGUAGAAAGCUUUCCUAUCCAAGGCUUAUUAUUUUAUUCAUAGACGUCUUUCUCCUUAAAAUAAGGGUUUUUUACCUUCCUUUUAGACAUAACGAGCGCACGUCUAAGGUCCAUAACUGUGAUAAUGUCAAUGCGUUUUGUAUACUUUCCUUUCAGAUAUCAAUGAGUGUACGACUAACGUCCAUAAAUGUGCUGCGAAUGCUUUCUGCAAUAACACUGAUGGAUCAUAUAACUGCACAUGCAGCCCUGGAUUCACUGGAAAUGGAACAGCAUGCACCGGUAUGUCAUUACGACCAAUACUUGUAAAACUAUAUUAUGAGGUCUAAGAAAGAAGCAUCCCAUACAUAGAGUGCUUCUCUCCGUAUUACCUUAGGGUGGAUUUCCACUGUCGCGUAAUUUUUACGUGCCGGUGCGUAAAAUUUACGUUCGCAAAUGAAAUAGAGGCAAUGCAUAAAGGGCGCACGCAACGUCAAAGUUGAACUUCGCUCAACUUCAAGUUUAAGCUCGACACUUUGUACCUUACCUCUAUUUUAUUUACUCGAGUAGAAUUUACGUGCCUUUACACGUACGUAAAGAUCACGUGACAGUGGAAGUCCACUCUUACUCAGCUUACUUAUGAAAACCCGUCUGUAAAAAUAAGAGCUUUUUUUUACUGUCUUUUUAGAUAUUAACGAGUGUACGACUAACGUCCAUAACUGUGAUCCCAAUGCGUUCUGUAAUAACACUGAUGGGUCAGAUGGAUCUUAUACCUGCACAUGCGCUCCUGGUUAUGCUGGAAAUGGAACAGCAUGCACCGGUAUAUCAAAAAUCGUUUCUGCUGCAGUAUUGGAAUUAUGUUUCGUUGAUCCGUUUUGCCCGCGUCAUCUUUAAUAUUUUCUUGAUUAUUCUCUCCUUUUAGAUAUCAACGAGUGCACGACUAACGUCCAUAACUGUGAUCCCAAUGCGUUCUGUAAUAACACUGAUGGAUCUUACACCUGCACAUGCGCUCCUGGAUAUACUGGAAAUGGAACAGCAUGCACCGCCGGUAUAUCAUUAUAACUAACACUAGUAAAACUAUAUUAUGAGGUUGGAGUUUUUAAAUUAAUAAUUUCCAGUGAAUUUAAGAGGGGGUCAGUAGGGGGUCAGUUGAACUGGGGUCAGCGUUUUGUCCUAGCCGUUGUAAUUGUGGUAUUUUGUCGCCACCUCUGUACAGCUGACUGUGUAUGUCUUCUGUCCCUUGUUGACGGCUUCUUCUUCGUUGUGCAAAGCGAUAUUCUCUCUGCUGCGAGGUUUCUUGCUGUUAUCGUUUUCUUCGUUGCUCGCGCUGAAUCUCAAUUCGGUGUUUUUGCUCUUAAAGGAGUCUCGGUGGUCAUGAUCUUUUCCGUCAAGGAUUUGCAGCCACUUGUUGAAUCCAGAGUUGUUGUGUUUGCUGUUCUGGGUCAUUCGCAUUUAAGGAAAUUGCUCGUGAUUUACCGAUAGCAAAAAUUGCUUUCACAAAAGAUAAAUAAAACACCACACCUUCAUGUCGAAUGAUUCCCCAAUAAACCGGUUCACUCUGCACUCGAAUGUUGCCUGGAAACACACAACGCUGCGUAACCACAGGUGACGUCAACCGGAUACCAACCGGAAGUGACCGAUAUAUACAAAUAUAUAUGGGCCAACCGGCUUUGCAUGCCGCUCAGACUUCGUGCGACCCACGCGCUGCUCGCACGCUGCGCGCGCGACAAGUUUAUAAACUCUCUUUCACGAGGAAUUAACCUGUCCAUUCCGGGGGUUCUGAGACGGUUGAGCCGAAUUUCCCCUGAUCCAAGAGAGAUCAUUCUCUCUUGCCCGAUCUGAAUGCGAUGCGAUAAUUGUUGCAGCGUGGAAUAGUUUACUGUUUUCUUUCUAUCUCCCUUUUCAGAAAUAUAUCAGACUGACUGCUGGCGCAGCGCAUCCAGGAUGCCAAACCAGUCAUAUUUUUGGGCUUACUCAACUAAUCCUAGUGGCAGUGACAAAGUGGACGCUAUCGAUUUCUUGACAAUUCAGAAUGACGCCAUUCUGUCAGGGUACCGUCUGUGGGGAGUCCAAAGUGUCAAUUCAACUACUUUCCUGGUCACCAUGAGUUUGUACGGGGAAAAGGGCUUGUUGAUCGCUAACGAGACUAGAACCUACCCUACUAGCUCCAGUGAGAAGACGUUUGAAGUGCACUUCUCACAAGAGAUCGCCAUAAGUAAUAAUGAAAGAUAUACUGCAGUUGUUAGAAUAGUAACAUCCGAACUCUCUUACGCUCUUGACGACGGCAUGCCAGGUGCACGUUGUUCUGGUGUCAGAGUUUAUUUCUUGACAUCGUCAAAAUACGGCAACCGUUCAGACGUUUCGACAGGCCAAAUUCCGGCUUUAAUAUUGCGUUCCAAGGGGUCAUCUGCGAAACGUUAAAGCUUGGCGAGGCUUUUUUUUUUGUUUUGUUUUUGUUUGUUUGUUUUUUAGCAAUUUGCGAAAAGGUAAGUUGCGAUACUAUGUCACUCUUUCAGCGUUUGUGACCUUAUGCCGACUUCAUAAGAAAAAAUGUACCUUUCCCUCCCUCAGUACUCUGCCCAAUGUUGGGCUAUUGUUGAGCUACCUUUAGGGGGACAACGAAUACCCAACUUUGAAUGGAAAAAAAAAACUUAUUGUGUUCUUCAAUGUUGGAGAAACUUUCUUUGUAGCUUUUAAAUGAUUCUAAUGGUUCUGACCUCGAAAAUGAAGUUGAACAACUUGAUCAUCCGAGCGAUUUGAACAUGAAAUGUAGAUUUGAAAAAAAUUCGAAUAGUCGGUGUAUUUUCAUUCCCGAAAUUAAAAUCUUUGCAAAAAGUUGUAAUCCGUAUUUCUAAUAGCAACAACCCUUUUUAAAUAAACCCAUUGUAGUAUUUUAAUUGUGCUUAUUAGAAAAUGUACCUUAUUACAAGACUCCGUGUUCCACUUGCCGUAACGGGACGGCAAUCUAUCAAUCAAUCAAUCAAUCAAUCAACUUUCUUUAAACACGGUAAACAAUGGCUCAGCAAUCUGGUUUUCAGACAUGCCGUGUAACAAUUACAAGUUAUAAAAUUAAAACUAGUGAUUAACUAACAAUAAUUUGGCACAAGAAUUUAGUACAAUUUUAUCUGUUCCUAUCGGCUCUUAUAAACGUGACUACUUAGUUCGUAUGGUAAGCAAGACUAAUAAUACUAGUAAAAAUAGUAAUAAUUUGAAAUACAAUAUAAUAACAAGAAAUGAGUCAUUAAAGAAAUAAGAUAGAAACAUAAUAAAAGUUAUAUCCUAGGAUAUCGCGAGUUUGAAGCUAGUAAGAUCCCUUAUUAUUCAUUCAAAAUAUUUCACCUAUUUUGAUUGGCUAAAAGCACGCGCAUAAUUCACCAUAACCAGUUACUGAUGACCAAAUUUGGAAGAAUUUUGUGUUUAGCGAGGAACUGACGUCAAAAAUGCAGCGUUCUUGCAGGUGAAUGCACCGUUAACCGAGAAGACCUGGGGACGAGGUUGAGUUGUUUUGGUUGUGAACUUGAAAAAUGGCGGACAAUUCACUCGUUUCAAGAGUAAGAACGUUAACUAGUCGAAAAAAUAGCUAAAAACAUGGCAAGAACAGCAAGAAGGCAACUCGAAGGGCGACAUCUGCUAUUUAGAGAAUAUUUGCGGAGCUGAACAAAACCUAAACGUGUAGUAUCGAAGAUGAACUUAACAUCGAUGGAUCGAUGGAGGUAAGCAUGUUUUAGCCAUGUUUUUAAACUAGGAAUUAUUUCGAAUGGAUAAUAAAACAAUUAUUGAAUGCGGCUUUCGCAUCAUAUGAAGAAUUAUGGAGAUCUCGGAGGGUGUUAUCCGCCUGGGCCUCGGCCUCGACUGAUAACACCCACCUCAAUCUCCAUAAUUCCUCAUAAGAUACUCAGCCUUAUUCUUUAAUUGUUAAUUAUUCUUCCCUUUUCCUGUAUUCUAGUUUCUACUGUGAUUUAUUUUGUAAAAUCGCAUCGUCUUUUCCCUAAUGUUAUAUGUCUACUUAAACUAAUCUAGGGAGAGCCUGGACCCCAUAUAAGCCCCAGGCUUCCAGUACAGGCUUUCCCGUCACUAUCUUUUUUAUAUAUUUUUCAGUAUAUGUAACCUGUAAAGUGACGAAAACAAAUAAACCAAUCAAUUAGUGAAUCAAUUGUCCAAUUUUUACGUUGAUAGGGGCAAAUACCAGAUCAGUGGCGGAUCUAGGGGAGGAGCCCAAGGGGGCCGCCCUCCCCCCACCUUAUUUUUAGACCAAAGUGAGGCCAGGCUCCUCAUUAUGUCAGGGUCUGGAUGAUCACCCCACCCCCCCCCUUUAGCUAGGAAAACGCGAUUCAGCCGCCGUUGUUUUGGCUUUCAAAGCCGGCGCUUUUCGCUACUAGUGGACUAUAACAUAUAGCCUAGUAGCAGCUCAACCAAUCAGAACGCACCAUUGAUAAUAGACCACUAGCUGGAUUAAUUUAUAUCAUAUAUAUUUGAUUUUUUGGGUUAAAACGUAAUUGAUUUAAAAAUAUCAUACGACUAUCUCGUGACUUUAAGUUAAGUUAUAUAUAUAAUUAAGUUAUAUUUAAAUGUGCUCCCGUGCGUAAAACCACGUUCGAUUAAAAAGCAAAUUAUCCCUCUUACUGUGGGGUCUGAAAACACCCUUUUUAUUAAACUGUCUCUUUUUAUACUCUGGCUGCGGGCUGUGAAACCACGAUUUUGACCCUUAAGAAAAUUACGGUGAGAAAUCUGCAUUACAGCACCAGUAGUUAUUAUCACCUAGGAAAUUUAAAUGCCAUGAAUGUUUACGCCAGUUCUUCACCGUGUUACUGCGUAUUCUUGCAUUUCUUCCGUUCAGUUUUAGUCAGAAAUUCAGCUAUUUUGUCUUGGGAUAGCCAUGCGAAAGAUCCUUUUUUUUUUUAGAUCACCAUUGCCAAAGCAGCCUCGUGUCUAGAUUGAUUGAAUGAGUGAUUGCAGUAAUACAUAAAUCAAGCUUUUGCCUUUCUGUUACUUCUUUACGUAGCCUUUAUUACAACUUGGUUUAUCCUUAUCUUGUAUAUUGUACUUCAGUAUGGGUUUCGACGUAUCCCACAAACUUGAAUCGUAUUGUUCUACUUCAGAAAAAAAAAUUCGAAUUAUUUCCAAGACGCCAUUUGAUGCUCACACUGAUCCUAAAUUCAAACGUUUGCAAAUACUGAAAUUAUCUCAAAUUUACUUUUUUCAAGUUGGAAAGUUCAUGUAUUCUUAUUAAGUAGGCCUGCUUCCUAAUGUAUUUAAAGAAAUGUUUUUAAUGACAAAUCAAGUUCAUUCCCAUAAUACCAGAAAUUCAAAUACUUUCUACUUUACACUAUUAUGCACUAAUUCGAUUGCCUUCUUUUGUUUACCCCUUGCUAUAUCAGGGGCACCCAACGUCAGUUUUGGGAAAAUAUCUGUUCGGGAGACGAUUUGAAAUCUAGAAUUUUCGGAACAUUUGUUUUAAAAUUUCUUGCUUGCCUGCCUCUUCUAGGAUUUUUGAACAUCUAAAAAAUCAUAUAAUUGCCCAUGUUUUUAACGUACUUUUACCCUGAGGUCACCAAGAAUUUUCGGGAGCCUUUUUUCUGGCUGAAAUUUUCGAAAAGGUGAGUUUUGAUCCCCAUAAUUUUUGGAUCACUAGUAAGACUAGGAAAUCAGAACAGAUGAAAAAUUUUUAGGGGAUAAAAAAUAUGCCUAUAUCUGCCCUUUAAAUACUAGAGUAGGUUUAACAAUGCUAUGUUUAAGUGGUUUCGAACUAUUUUCUCGGAGGGUGUCCCUGCUGUAUUGCACUUACUAUUUGUUCGUACUUGUUUCACUGUUCAAGUAAAAUCACUUUAUCAUGACGCAUGGGCUAUCAUCAUGCAUCUUUACGCCGGCUCAAGAUCUUACAUCCUUAUAACGAACGUAGAAGCUGAGGACUUAAAUAAAUGUUUCUUGAAAUCAGCCGUAGACAAUCCUGUCUGCAAUGCAAACAAAGCAAGAGGUUAUUUUUAGUGCGAAAAAAGGGGGCUCCUGCGAAGCGUUUGCGUGUGUUAAAAGUGGGAGAAUGCCUGGGGCCAACAACAGAACGGAAUAUUUUAAAUAGAUUGUAUAAGUUUAAUAUCCCUGAAAAAGUGGGAUAUUAUUUGUCAGUAGUGGCAGUGGAAACAAGUUGACAGCUUCAGAGUCUGGGCUGAUAAAAGUGAACGAGGGAGAACAUGAGUGACGCCACGAUAGAGAGUCCAAGUCGUGAAAAUGACCGGCGAAUACUGAUCAUGUUAACUGUCUUCAUCUGUCUUAUUGCCGUUGUCAUUUUGGUUAUUGCUGCUAUAAUGUUGUCAUUGAUAAUAUCUCGAAAUAAUGAUGUUGAUGAUGAUGCUAAAGGAUCAAAACUUGACGCCGUGGUGCAGGGUAAGCAAACGUUACAACUUUUUAAAAGUCCGGCUGUCUACUCGUAAGACCCUCAACUAGCGAUUAAAGGCUUCUAAACUUGCCCUGUCAUAUCUCGGUUUAGUCCGCUCUUAGAACUUUUUCAAGAGCCCGCGCACUUGUUUUGCAGUAGGUAUCUCAGCUAGGGUAAGUUUAAAAGACAAAUUUGUUUCCCGGGGAAUUUUACAUUUUGUUUCAGUAUUUUUGCAUUCCUGAUUCGGCAGGGGCACCCAACGACUGUUUUCUGUAAAAUAUCUGUUCGCAGAAGCAAAUAUUGCCUAGAAUAUUCUAUUGCUUGAAUACGGCUAAAAAUUUCUAGAAGAGCGCUCCAUUCAGGUACGAUUUUCGAAACUUAUCUAAAAAAUUCCCUACUAUCUUCUGAAGUGUAAUAUUUUAUCUUUUACUCCUUAUGUUAGGCUAAUUUUCGUAGAAAAAGAAAAACCGAAAAUUUUCGGAUUCAAAAAUGAGAUGAAAAGAAGAACAAGAAAAAUUCUCACCGAGUUCGUUCAACUGCAUCUAAAACUUUCGGAAAAAUAACAGUGAAGCCCUUGUAAUUUCGAAAAGCCUUCAGUUUCCCUAGGAUGACCGAACAGAUGCAACUUUUAUAGUGCUGCUUAGAAUACAUUUCUAGAGAUCUAAAAGUACUCUGGAUAGCAUGAAAAGACUCUUCAAUGCGUUUAGGAGGAAACCGUCCUUGGGUGCCCCUGAUUCGGGGGCACACAGUCAGCGACUUUUUUUUCUGUAAAAGGACUAUUCGAAGGGGCAAACUAUUGGAGACAAAUAAACUAACUUCCGAGUUAGGAUUUCGAGUUAUAUUUCGAGCUGGAUUUUCGAGAUAGGAAUUUGAGUUGGAUUUUCGAGUUAGGAUUUCGAUUUGGAUUUUCGAGUUGGAUUUUCGAGUGAGGAUUUCGAGUAAGGAUGUAGAGUUGUUGUUGUUGUUGUUUUUUUUUCGAGAUGGUUACUAGUAAUCCAGCUGUAAUGAAUCGGCUAGUUUGUCCGUAAACCGUCUCGUAGAUGUCCAGUGCAAUGCAGUCAGCAAAAGAAUUCCUGUAGGGGUGGGGUUGGUAUUUUGCCUUUUUAUUCUGCGACAUCACUAUAUAAAGUAUACAUGAAGGAAGAGGCAAGGACAUUGAGUCAUACGUAACGUCAUUUCCAAAAAUACGAUAACCGGGCGUAAUCUAGAAUAUUAUGAUUUUUCUUGUCAUAUCUAUUCUCGUGGUACAAAUUUAGAAAUCGCGUUAAGGUGGCUCGAUAUAGUUUUUCAAGGUCAAUACCUCCCAAGUUUGAGCGUAAACUGCGUCGUCAUAAACAAGGAUUUGGAAAAAUUGACACCACAGUUGCAUUAGAUAAAGAAGAAAAUUGGUUAUGAUCAGGGUUGCAAUGACAUCGGAGUUGUCAUAGCAACGAAAUGACGCUAUUACCUAUUUUACUUGCAGCAGUAUUUCUCGGCACAGGGAACUGUUCUUCCAAAAUCGUUUACUGGAGCUUUUACCUACGAUAGCUGCCUCGAUGUUCGUGAAGUUUAAGCGAAAUCUGUAAGAGCGUUAUCGAGAUAUUUUGGGAUGAAGUUUUUUUGGUUAGAAAUACGGUAAAAAAAUUGACAAUCUUGAUGUUCGACUGUUAUCUGUACUAAACGAAGCGCUUUCGACAUGCAAUUUCACCUCAUAGUAGUUUCAAUCUUUUUAAAAACGUGUGUGAAAGAUCAUGGAGAUACCUCCAGCCGAUCGCUAGAAAGGAGGAUUUGAUUAGUAUGUAUCAAGGCGCUCUUGUUAGCGAUGAUGUAAACAUUUCGGUCUACUUUAACAAAUUAGCGAAUAAUUUUUAAACCACUCGAUAAAUUUUUUAGAAAAUAUAAGAAUCUGGAGAUUAACCCUCCUUUUAUAUGACCUCUUAGUUUCAAGAUUAUUGAUAUAAUGUAAGGCAGUAAAAUAAGGGCUUGAAUUCGCUAACAUUUUGUCAGAAAUUUUGUGUUUACAAGUGAGAGCCUCUCAUUAUUCAGGGUAUUGUCUCCAAGUUUCAUAUUUUCGUGCAUAACAAUAGCUAGCAGUUUUGCAUAUGUCAAAUGCAUUGUUAGUUACUGCUGUUCACGUGAAAAUGAAACUUUGAGACAAUACCCCAGAUUGUCAAUUUUUUACCGUAUUUCUAACCAAAAAAACGAUAACGCUCUUACAGAUUUCGCUUAAACUUCACGAACAUUGAGGCAGCUAUCGUAGGUAAAAGCUCCAGUAAACGAUUUUGGAAGAACAGUUCCCAGUGCCGAGAAAUACUGCUGCAAGUAAAAUAGGUAAUGGCGUCAUUUCGUUGCUAUGACAACUCCGAUGUCAUUGUAACCCUGAUCAUAACAAAUUUUCAUCUUUAUCUAAUACAACUGUGGUGUUAAUUUUUCCAAAUUUUUGUUUAUGGCGACGUAGUUUACGCUCAAACUUGGGAGGUAUUGACCCUGAAAAACUGUAUCGAGCCACCUUAAGAAUUAGACACAACAAAAGGCAAACAUAUAAAUCCUAUAAUUCCAUUAUAUUUUGAAUACCAACAAAUGGCUCCAAUGCUGCUUUACAGAGCUUUCCUAGCUUCUUCCCUUGGCGGACACCAAGCAUAUAUUCAUAGAAAUAUUUGUUUAUUUAUUUAUUUAUUUAUUUAUUUAUUUAUGGGGCAUCGAAUUUUGCAUUUGGCUAAGAGCACGGGUGGUUCACGUGAUGCGCGCGUGCUUCGCGCGCGACGAGAUUAUAAACUCGCUUCGCAAGAAUUAUCGUCCAUCUCCCUAAACAUCCAAGGAAGCUUUUCUUUUUUUCUUCUUUUAUUGUUCUAUAUUUAUGUUUAAUUAUCAACUAUAUAAUGAUACUCUAAAAGUUAAAAUCAGUUUAAAAUAUGAACAUAACUGCAUGCGCUUCCAAUUAAACCACAACAUAUCAGGCACGAUCUCUAGCGAUGCACGAUUCAAUUCAAAAACAUUUUUUCAAUCUUUUUCGAUUCAGAUAAAGACGAGUGUGAAGCCAGCAUCCAUUCAUGUGAUGUCAAUGCGUUUUGUAACAAUACCAUUGGAUCUUAUAUUUGCACUUGUAAUCCUGGGUACUUUGGAAAUGGAAAAUCGUGUCUUGGUAAAACCUUAAACUAAUCGUCUUGCAGAGUUCAUCACACUAUGCAGUGCCAGUCCCUUUUUCUUGUUGCCUUUAUUAGCUUUGAUUCUGAUAUCCAGCAAACCCCUUUAAUUCUCUGCUUGCAGCUAAAAUGUUUUUGCGUACCUCUGAUCCAGAGUUGUCGGCACCGCAGUUGAUUUCAGCAGGUGGUGGAUGUACCUUCUCUUUUUUCCACAAAGUAGUUUUGGGUUUUCGUAUCGGCGGACUCGUACUUAGUUGUCUUAGUUGCUUUCGAGGUUUGUGUUUCAUCAUAGAGCGUUUUGUAAUUAGGAGCGGUCUUGUAAACUUACGGUAAUUUUGCAAUAAACUGGUUUUGAGGUCCUUGCUGACCUACAGGCCCCCACAUUUAUUCUUGGGUUGGUGUCUUUCUGGGUAGUGUAGUCAAAAUGCAAUAUUUGUUUGGAUUUGUUUUUGUUUUAUCUUCAUACAUUCUCUCCCUUCAGAUAUUAACGAGUGUACCACUAACGUCCAUAACUGUGAUGCCAAUGCUUUCUGUGAUAACACUGAUGGAUCUUACACCUGCGCAUGCAGCCCUGGAUAUAAUGGAAAUGGAACAUCCUGCGCCGGUAAAUUAUCAACGCAUUUGCAUUUUUAAGCGACCAUAUAUUAUUGCUAUUAAAACUGGGGGGAGCGGGGGUAGGAGAGGACGGGGGUUGGUUUAAAUUACGUCUCUGCUCCGUUAUAAGCAAUAUUUGUUUGGGUUUGUUUUGAUUUGUCUUAACAUCUAAGGUUGCUGAACACAAUUUCUCUAAAUCUGAUUUAUCCCUUUACUGUGUAUUUUAAAAACUUUAUCAUUACAUAAAGAAAAAGAGGGAGGAAAUGCUGAUAAAAAGUUUAACAGAAAAAAAUGUUUUUGUCGCCUUUGACAUAUCACGUGACCUCAGCGCGGGCCUGUUGAACUAGAGCUGAACAUGCGUACUUUCAUAUUCAACGUAAAUAAACUACAAUAUCUUUAAAUCUACUCAUUAAAAUGCGACGAAAUUUGGCAGAAAUUUUGUUCAUGUCACGCUCAAGCCAAUGAGAGCGUCAAAAUAUCUUUUCAACAAAGGAGUUUUGUGACAAAAUCAAGAUUUCCAUAAAGGCUAUUUUCUUGAAGAUUUUAAAAAACUGUUCGUUACAAUUUUGGUCAAGUGGUUUCUAAAAGAUGAGGGUUACUAAUCGAAAGCUGUGUUCAAUUUUCUAAGAAAAUCCAAUGACUGAAUUUUGCUUAAACCUAAUAAAUUGAAAUUUUUUGGCUUGUUGUCAAACUUCUAUGUUGCCAUGGCAACAAUCCAAGUCUCACUUUUAACCUAAUAAAUCUCAUGUCUGAUAAAUAUAGAUUGUUUGAUGUGCUGAAUCAAAAUUUUAGCGUUAUACCCGCAAUGAGUCUUAAAUAAAACCCCAAUAAUUGGUUAUGAUCCACAACCUAUCAAACUGUGUUCAGGCACCUUAAUUCUGUCCUUUCAGAUAUUAACGAGUGUACAGCCAAAGUCCAUAACUGUGAUGCCAAUGCUUUCUGCAAUAACACUCAGGGGUCUUAUAACUGCACAUGCAGCCCUGGAUACACUGGAAAUGGAACAUCGUGCAUCGGUAAAUCAUCGUGCCCAAUGCAUGUAAAAUUAUUUUAGCGAGGUGCAAGAAACAAGCAGUACCCCAUAAAUGCAUUAAGUAAUUCUCCAAACAUAUCUCUCAGCGUACUUAUGGAAGCCCAUCUGAUAAAGUACAAGCUAUUUCUUGGAAAAGGCACCCUGUUUUGAAUCUUAUAAGCGGCCACCUCCCGUAUGAGACCACUUACACUUGCAUCUUGUUUGGUCGCUUAGAAUACGAGAAGCUUGACUGUAUGUUGUGAAGUCCGAAAGAGAAGAACCUCAUACGUAGAAAGCUUCCCUUGCUACCCAAGGCUUAUUAUUUUAUUCAUAGACAUCGUUCUGCUGAAAAUACCUUCCUUUUAGAUAUAACAAGUGCAUACUGGAAAUGAAACAGCAUGCACCGGUAUAUCAAAAAUCGUUUCUGCUGCAGUAUUGGAAUUAUGUUUUGUUGAUCCGUGUUGCCCGCAUCAUCUUAUUUACUUUGUUAAUAAUUCUGUCCUUUCAGAUAUUAACGAGUGUACCACUAACGUCCAUAACUGUGAUGCCAAUACUUUCUGCAAUAACACUCAGGGGUCUUAUAACUGCACAUGUAGCCCUGGAUACACUGGAAAUGGAACAUCAAGCAUCGGUAAAUUAUCCUGCCUAAUGUAUGUAAAAUUAUUUUAGUUAGGUCCAAGAAAGAAGCAGUACCCCAUAAAUUAAUUAAGUAAUUCUCCAAACAUAUCUUUCUUAAACUGUGUUCAGGCACCAUAAUUCUCUCCUUUCAGAUAUUAACGAGUGUAUAACCAACGUCUCAGGUAAAUUAAGGCAUGGGUCCCCAAUGAUUCAGUAAAAAAGUGAUGGGGGGUGGUUUAUCUCUGAGCACGUAAGCAGUAGAAAGAUGAAACUUUGCCAGAUAGAUACUUGUGUGGUUUCUGUCAAUUAGGUGAUGUUCAAUUAUGCAAAUGUUGUCUCGUGACUCCACACGACCAGAAAACAAUAAAAAGUCUUUAAAAAAAAAUGGCAACACUUUUUGUUGUGAGUUGUUAAACCGGACUGGUUUAGGACAAUGUGUAAUGCAAGCAUCUACAAGACUGUGCUUGGCCUUUUUUGAAUUUUUUACUGUUUUGGAAAAUAAACGGCUUUUUCAACUAGACCCAGUCCCCCAAAGCAAUUUUGUCCCAUUUUAACGCCUUCGAUUUUAAAUAUCUAAAGAAGGCCAAGAACAGAAGUGAUACAUUAAACAACAUUAACAUUAUGCAACCGGUAAAAUAAUUGAAAACACACGAAAAAGUGUUGCCGUUUGAAGAACAAGCUUUUUCAGCCGAUGGAGGUCACGUGACGUAAUUUGCAUAAUUUUAAAGCACAAAAUUGACGUAAACUAAAAAUGUGGUUAGCUGGCAAAGUUUUAUGUCUCUUCAUCUAAAGCUCUUAGAUAUAGACCACCCCCUCACUUUUAAAGAGAGCAAAUUAAGGCAAAUUGAGGCCCAUGCCUUAAUUUACCUGAGGUCCAUAACUGUGAUGACAAUACUUUCUGUAAUAACACUGAUGGAUCUGAUAAAUGCACGUGUAGCCCUGGGUACGAUGGAAAUGGAAUAUCUUGCACCGGUAAAUUAUCAUGACCAAUACAUUUUUCAAAAAAAAAAAGCAAUGUAUGUAUUUUAACUCUUUGAUUUUUUUAAUUUCAUUUCAUUUCAAGUUUUGUUUUUCUUUUUUUGUUUUGCUUUUGUUUUUGUUUUUGCUUUUUUGGGGGGUGGGGGAGCUUAAAAUCGUUUGAGCUGCAGUAUUUGAAUUAUGUUUCGUCAAGAGCCAUUAUGGCUCUUGGUUUCGUUGAUCUGUUUUGCCCGCAUCAUCUUUAAUACUUUCUUAAUAAUGCUUUCCUUUCAGAUAUUAACGAGUUUACCACUAACGUCCAUAACUGUGAUGCCAAUGCUUUCUGCAAUAACACUCAGGGGUCUUAUAACUGCACAUGUAGCCCUGGAUACACUGGAAAUGCAACAUCAUGCAUCGGUAAAUCAUCGUGCCUAAUGCAUGUAAAAUUAUUUUAGCGAGGUCCAAGAAACAAGCAGUACCCCAUAAAUGCAUUAAGUAAUUCUCCAAAACUAUCUCUCUCAAACUGUGUUCAGGCACUUUAAUUCUCUCCUUCCAGAUAUUAACGAGUGUACAGCCAACGUCCAUAACUGUGAUGCCAAUGCUUUCUGCAAUAACACUCAGGGGUCUUAUAACUGCACAUGUAGCCCUGGAUACACUGGAAAUGCAACAUCAUGCAUCGGUAAAUAAUCCUGCCUAAUGCAUGUAAAAUUAUUUUAGCAAGGUCCAAGAAAGAAGCAGUACCCCUUAAAUGCAUUAAGUAAUUCUCCAAACGUAUCUCUCAGCGUACUUAUAGAAGCCGGUCUGAUAAAGUACGAGCUUUUUCUUGGAAAAGGCACCCUGUUGUUUGAUUCUUGCAUAUAAGCGGCCACCUCCCGUAUGAGACCACCAAUACACUUCGCAUUUUGUUUGGUCGCUUAGAAUACGAGAGGCUUGACUGUAUGUUGUGUUGUCCGAAAGAGAAGAACCUCAUACGUAGAAAGCUUCCCUAUCCAAGGCUUAUUAUUUUAUUCAUAGACCUCGUUCUGUUGAAAAUAAGGGUUUUUUACCUUCCUUUUAGAUUUAACGAGUGCAGGUCUAAGGUCCAUAACGGUGAUAAUGUCAAUGCGUUUUGUAUUACUUUCCUUUCAGAUAUUAAUGAGUGUACGACUAAGGUCCAUAAAUGUGCUGCCAAUGCUUUCUGCAAUAACACUGAUGGAUCAUAUAACUGCGCAUGCAGCCCUGGAUUCACUGGAAAU